AUGGGCAGCAAUAGCAUAGCCAUAUCACAGCAAAUGUAUUUUAGCACCCACAAUGCUUUACGGAUAAAUGAAGAAAAUGAUGUGAUUAGUACGUUAUUUUAUGAAAUAAAUGGGCAUAGGCAUAUAAGCCUAUUAAUAUUUCCUUUUUAUGAUGUACAGAUGCUAAAACGAUUACUUAUAAAAAAGCUAGAUUUACCAGAUAUAAAAGUUAAUGAUAUAUUAAUAUUUUAUAAAGGAAUUAAAUUACCAAACUAUAGAAUAAUAAGUACUUAUUUAGAUAAUACAAAUAGAGUAGAUAAUGUGAAAAAAAAAAAAAAAAAAAAAGUAAAUAAAUUAUAUUGGGCUAUAAAAGAUCCUAACCCUAAUGCAUCCAUAAGAGUAAUAGAUAAUAAAAGUUAUCCUCCAUUUUUUGAAAACAUUUUAAAUGAUAUUAAAUUAGCCUUUAAAAAAAAUAUAGCACCUAAAUUAACAAUGGAUGGAACUGGAGGAACGUACUUAUUAUUUAAUAGUAAAAAAAAAGUUUGUUCUGUUUUUAAACCUGCCGAUGAAGAAGCAUUUUCACCAUUUAAUCCACGAGGGUAUGAAGGCAAAAUAUAUCAAGAGGGUUUUAGAGCAGGUGUUUUAUCAGGUGAAGGAGCAAGUAGAGAAAUAGCAGCUUAUAUACUUGAUAAUACAUAUAAUAAUUUUAGUAAUGUUCCAUGCACAAUUAUGGUCGAAGCAUGUAAUCCUCAUUUUAAUAAUAAAAGUAAUCUUAAAUAUAUAUAUAAUGAAAAUACCUUAAAAUGGAAAUGUGGGUCACUACAAGAAUUUAUUGAUUCAAGAGAGAGUGUUGGCAAUUAUGAUCAUAAACAAUUUAGUAUUCGAGAUAUUCACAAAAUUGCUAUCUUAGAUAUACGUGUAAUGAAUUUAGAUAGAAAUGAUGGAAACAUAUUAGUAUCUCCAUUAAAGAGUUUAAAAGAUUGUUGUAAUCAGUUUCUUUAUCGAAAUAACAAGCGUUUUAGUACAAAUGAUGAAGAUAUCCUAAAACGAAUAAUAACAAUAGAUCAAAAACCGUCGAGGUAUAGUUUAAUCCCGAUUGAUCAUGGCUUAAUAAUGCCUCACAUUAUGGAUGUCGCAGAAAUUGACUUAGUUUGGUUCGAUUGGCCCCAAACAAAGAUACCAUUUGAUAAUGAAGUACUCGAAGUAAUUUUCGCAUUCGAUCCUGAUAAAGAUGCUGAUAAAAUAAGAAACAAAUUAUUAAUCAGAGAAGAUUGUAUACGAACUAUGAGGGUAUGUACAAGGUUACUUCAAAUUGGAGCUAGGAUGCAUCUAAAUUUGCAUGAGAUUGCAAAAAUAAGUACUCGAAAAAAUAUUGACGAAGAAUCUAUACUCGAGCAUCUGGUUCGGGAUUCAAUCAUUCAGGCAUACCAAAUGAUGGAUUACACCUCCUUAAUGAGCACAAACAGAUUAGGACAUAUUCUUGAUUUAGCUGAAAUAAAAAUAAAUAAAAAAAAAAAAAAUAAUAAAAAUAAAACAAUGGAACAGAUUGAUAAUAACAAAACAAAAGAUGAAAACUCAAAUGAUAUUAGAAAAAAUAAUAGUUUUCAAAAAGAAGAAAAUUAUGAAAUAAAUAAUAAUACUAGAUAUGCUAAAACUAAAUCAUUAGAUAUUAAAAAAAUAGAAAAUUCAUUUACUACAGUCAGUUUUAAAGAUAUAAAGGAACAUAAAUCAUCUUCAAGCUUUACACUAGUAAAUAAUGGUACUAAUGAAAAUGUAAAAAAGAGCUAUGAGGAAAAAUUUGAAAAAUAUAAUAUAAAUAUGAAUGAGCCAAAGGAAGGAGAAGGAAAUAGUACAUAUAAAAUGUUAUUACAACACCAAAGUGAUACUAAAGAAUUUGAUGAAAAAUAUAAUAAAUUUAUAAAUACAAAAAUGAAUAAUAUAUCAAGUAAAGAUAAUAUAGGAGGAGGAUAUUAUUCAUGGUCUAAAGAUAAUAGCAUAGAAAUACGAAGUAAUAGCAUAAAUGACCAAAUUAAGGAAAAAAAUAUUUCAGAAACAAAUUCUUUUAGUAAUAAAAGUGAAUAUACAUUUGUAACAGCAACAUCUAAUUCAAAGAAAGACGAUAAUGUUCAUAAAAGUUCUAAUGAUGUAGAACAAUAUAGUGAUGGUAGUGAAAAUUAUGUAAGAAAUUUGGGUGAAGAAAAUGCUACUAAAGUUGAAAAAAAAAUGAAAAAAAAAAAAAAAAAAAAAAAAAAAAUAAAAAAUGAUGAAAAACCGGAAAAUGACAAAUUUGAUAAGCUUGAUAAAAAAGAACCAUGUAAUAUUAGUGAUGACAAUGCAGAAAAUGAUAGAACUUCAAACCAUUCACAAAAUAAAGAUAAACAAAAUGAAAACAAACAAGAAAUUUGCCAAAACAAAACAGAAGGAAAACAAAAAAAUCAACAAGACAUAGAUGCUUACGAAGAUGAUGAUGAAGAAGAAGAGGAGGAAGAAGAAGAAGAAGAAGAAGAAGAAGAGGAAGAAGAGGAAGACGAAGAAAAUUAUGCACGCUUUAAAAAAACAACAGGUACAAUGAAAAGAAUAAAUGAAAAUACAGGAACAGCUUAUCGAAAUAUUGAAAUGAAUAAAAUAAAUUCAGUUUGGAUGAUUAAAGAUAAAAAUAAUAAAACAAUAAAUGUUAAAUGGGAAAACAAAAUUUUUGAAAAACUUUUUUUUGAAACUUUUGAAAAUUAUGUAAAAAAAUAUAUAAAUGAUUAUCACCCAAAUUGGAGAGAUUACCCAUAUAAUGGAUCAAAAAUUAUCACUACAAAACAUUCAUAUUUAAAUAAUAUUAAAUAA